AUCGCCACACCUUUUUUGUAGCCUUCCUGCCCCCUGCGACAUUAUAAAAACCACUCACCUGCCUGCAGACUUUGUCACUCGAGGUACGACCCACUGAAGUUCAGACCGCUGGUACAACCCACAGAAGUCCGCCACGAUGAAAGUCAAGGAUAUGUCAAUCAAGCUGGGUAAUGAGUUGAAGAUCCGCGUCAAACCUAGUGAGAACUGCGAGAGUUUUGCCAUCAACAUCGGUCACGAUCCUGAGAACAUCGCAAUGCACUUCAACCCCCGCUUUAGCAGCAACAACAUCGUCUACAACUCUUUGUCCGGGGGAUGCUGGGGCGAUGAGAUGCACGACGGGAACUUCCCAUUCGCUCGUGGAGAGGAAUGCAAGUUUUACAUCAGCUUCAACAACGAGCAGUUUUACAUCAAACUUCCCGAUGGCACCAUGAUAAACUUCCCCAACCGCCUGGGAGAUGUCAAGUACAAGUACUUCGAUGUAAGCGGUGACGCAAGGAUCGUUGGCAUCAAGCUCAAGUAGAGGCUGACCUCUUCUUAAGCCGUGACCCUUCACCUGUCUACCUUUUGCUUGUUGCUAAAAGAGUCUCAUGUUUUACAUAACUGAGCCCAGGCCUCACUGUUCAUCUUUUGUCCUGCUGAAAACUAACAUGAGAAAUGUAAGCUACCUUAGAUUUCUGAUGGUGCAAUGAGGAGGAAUGGCCGUAAGAUGGAGCCCUAGCACAUCUUACAUCACUAUGCUUGGCCUGCAGCUCAGCAAUGCUGGAUUUGUUAAUAAAAGCUG